AUGGGUUCUUUCUCAAUGGAGGAAUUUGUAGGGAACGGAUCUCUGAAGAAAAUUCUUCCAAAGCUGUUAGAGGAAGGCUGGGAUGAUGUCCCAUCCUUGAAGAUUAUGAGUCCAGAGGAUAAGAAUGUGAUAAACAUGACCCAACAACAAAAGGAUGCGCUAGAAAUCAGGACAUACCUUCAUGAUCGUGCUCUGAUGCAAUAUGGGGACAAGCUAGAAGCCUCAAGAAAAUGUCUUCCAGAUCUUAUUAACUUAAGCAUGUCAGAUCUUUCUUCUCAGUUUGGUAUGAAAAGAGGCCACAUCGUUCGUUUCAUUGACAGAACCAGUGCAUGUGUAUCAGAUCCUUUGCCGCCAUCAUACACUCUCCAAGCAAGGAAACCAAGCAUGAUACCUUCAAGAAACAACAGUAUCUACGAGGGUGAAUCUGUGACAGUCAACUCCAGAAAAAUGCAGAGUAUGAGGAGAUCCCUUGGAAGAAGCAGUGCAGCUUUUGAUGUAUCCCAUGAGAAAUUCAUGGCUACUUUCAAGAUCAAAGAUGGGCAUGUCUUUAAGGGGAUUGUGGCUGCGAUGCCUGCUGAGCCGAGGGCAUGUGGUUGCAUACAGCCUCCCCCUAUAGUUGAGGAUGUUGCUCCAUAUCCCGCUAUUGAGAAUAUCUCGAUUCAAAAACUUACUCCUGAAUAUAAGAUUGGAAUGGAGCGUCUGGUGAAAACAAAGGCACCUCCCAUGAAGGCUUCAGAAUUAUGGCGAGAUAAACCAGCUGUGCUCCUCUGCAUACGCCGCCCUGGAGCCGAAGCCCACAAAAUCUAUGCCCAGAAACCCAUAUUUGAUGCACUUGGAGUUCAACUAUUUACAGUUCUUCACGAGCACAUUGACACAGAGGUAAAGGAUUUCUGGCCCCGAUAUUGGGGUGGCAUUGUAAUCUAUGAUGCGGGAAUGGAAUUUUUCAAAGCUCUGGGUGGAGGGAAGCUGCUCAAGGACAAGUUCAUAUCCGGAUUUCUGUUCAAUCCUCGAGCUAUUGCAAAUUACAAACGUGCAAAAGCUACAGGAGCGGAGCAAAACUUCAAAGGAGAAGGUGAAACAAAAGGUGGUCUCUUUAUAAUUGGCAGAGGGAGGAGUGGAAUAGCAUACCAGUUUAUAGAAAGGAAUUUUGGAGAUUGGGCGCCUCUCGCUGAAGUCAUUGAGAUUUGUUCUCGGCUGCAGAACCAGCAACAAAAUAUGGAGCCCAUCAGAUCAUCACAAGAAUAUGAAAUGGAUAUUUCUUGUAACUCCAGCAUAUCCAGAGUACCUGUUGUAUAA